UCUCCUCACCGGGCGGUGUCAGCGGGAGGGAACAGGACCGAGGAGCUGUGAGAGGCCGACGCAGGGACUCAUUUCCCCCGGGUGAUUGGACUGGAUUGCACGAGCGGACUUCAGGUGUCAGCAUGUCAGCGAAGGUCAGCGCCGAGGAGAUGGAGGAGAUCAAUGUGGCCUUCCGGAAAGUGGAUGUGGACGGUAACGGGUACAUCAGCGCCUCGGAACUCGGUGACCUCUUCAGCGAGGUGGGCAGUCCCAUGCCCGGGUACCAAGUCAGGCUCCUCCUCGCAAAGCUGGACAGAGACAACGACAGCCACAUCGACAUCGAAGAGUUCAAGGCUAUUUUCACGGAAAUGAAGGACGACCGCGCGUCUCUGAGUUUCAGGAAAGCGCUGAACAAGAAAGAAGGCAUCUUAGCCAUGGGGGGAACCAGCGUGAUCUCGAGUGUAGGAACCCAGCAUUCCAUCUCUGAGCAGGAGCGCUUUGCCUUUGCCAACUACAUCAACUCUUCUCUGGAGGAAGAUCCCGACUGUCACCACAUCCUGCCCAUCAACCCCACGACCGAAGCUCUGUUUGGAGCAGUGAGAGACGGCAUCCUGCUUUGUAAACUCAUCAACCACUCUGUCCCCGACACCAUCGAUGAGAGAACCAUCAAUCUAAAGAAACUCACAGCGUUCACCAUACAGGAGAAUCUGAACUUGGCUCUGAACUCCGCCUCGGCCAUCGGCUGCCAAGUCGUGAACAUCGGCGCUCAGGAUCUGAAGGAGGGGAAGCCUCACCUGGCCCUCGGGCUCCUCUGGCAGAUCAUCAAGAUCGGACUGUUCGCCGAGAUGGAGCUGAGCCGCAAUGAAGCUAUAGCAGCGCUGCUGGGGGAUGGGGAGAGUCUGGAGGAGCUGAUGAAUCUCAGUCCAGAGGAUCUGCUGCUGCGCUGGGUCAAUUACCAUUUGAAGAAAGUCGGCAUGUCCAUAUCAAACUUUUCUGGAGACAUUAAGGACUCCAGGGCGUACUUCCACCUGCUGGAGCAGAUCUCUCCAGACGGCAAAGAAGAGGGCGUCCCGCGCUUCGAGGUGGACAUGACCGGUAUCUAUGAUCAAGAUCUCGCCAAGAGAGCGGAGUUCAUGCUCAAGCAGGCCGAGCGCCUCGGCUGCCGCCAGUUUGUGACCGCCGCGGACAUCGAGAGCGGAAACGCGAAGCUCAACAUGGCCUUCGUGGCGACGCUCUUCAACAAACACCCGGCGCUCACCAAACCGGACUUCGAGUUGGACUGGACUAUGAAGAGCGAGACCAGAGAGGAGCGGACGUUCAGGAACUGGAUGAACUCUCUGGGAGUCAGUCCGCACGUUCACCACAUCUUCUGCGAUCUGCAGGACGCCAUGGUGAUCCUCCAGCUCUUUGAGAAGGUCAAGGUGUCGGUGGACUGGGAGUGCAGAGUCAACCUCCCUCCAUUCAAGGGAGUCGGAGCAGGGCAUUUAAAAAAGAGGGAAAACUGUACCUACGCUGUGGAGCUGGGGAAGGAAAAGGCUGGUUUCUCCCUGGUGGGGAUCGGCGGACAGGAUCUCUACGAUGGCAAUCCAACACUAACUCUGGCCGUGGUGUGGCAGAUAAUGAGGAGGUACACGUUCAAUCUUCUCGAAGACCUCGGAGACGGAGAAGUCGCAGGAGACGAUUUGAUAGUGUCCUGGGUCAACAAGACUUUGGCUGAGGCCGGCAAGACUUCCUCCAUCAAAAGCUUUAAGGACAAAUCGAUCGAGACCAGCAUGCCAGUUCUGGACCUGAUCGAUUCCAUUCAGCCUCAGAGUGUGAAAUUUGAUCUGGUUCAGAAAGGAAGUCUGUCCGACGAAGACAAACUAAACAAUGCCAAAUUUGCCAUUUCCAUGGCGAGGAAGAUCGGCGCCAAAGUCUACGCCCUGCCGGAGGACCUGGUGGAGGUCAACCCCAAAAUGGUGAUGACCAUCUUUGCCUGCCUGAUGGUGAGAGGCAUGAGGAAGCCGUAGAGGAGACAAACACACACACACACACCUAUAUAUAUAUAUAUAUAUUUGAAGCUCCUUUUUGCUUUAAAUGAUCAGCGAUGUCACAGUAAGAAGCAUUCGAUUUCCCAUAAUGCCCAUAGAUAUCAAUGAGAGUGUGAAUGUGUUUGUUCAGGGUCUGCCCAGUGCAUGCUGGGAUAGACUCCUUCCUGAAAAUAAUUGAAAAAAGUUAUCUCUUUAAAUGUGAAGACAAUGAGCAUUAACCAUCUCUCAUUCCUGCUGAAAGCAAAAGAAAUAUGUAAGAAAAUCAAGGAGAUAUUUCUUCUUCAGCGUUUCAGGUUUAUAACCAACAUAAAACUAAAACCUCUCAUCUGGCUUCAGUGUUUCCCAUGUGCCACGGCCUCAUGGUAUGUCGGUUCCAUCCUGCGGUAUCUUCCAACGUGCCUGCCGGUUCACAGUUUGAGCAUUUAUUGCACUGAAGCCAUGAUGCGAUAUUCUUUACUGAAAACCUUUUGGCCUUUAAAGACAAAUAAAAAGACUGGAACCUGUAAACAUUUAAGUCCUUUAACUAACUGCUAUAAUCACAUCUGUUUUUUUAGGGGGAUGCUUAUGAAAUAGAUUAAUGGAUGAUAUAUAUUUUUACGAGGCAUUUAGGUAUGAUUAAUGGCUCAUCUUUUAGGACUUUUUUUAAAGGACCAUAAACUGACCAAAUAAGAUGAAUGCCAUAUCUUGCAUCUUAAAACUUAACAAUGGUCUUGUUUCUUCACUUAUGGUGACAGUUUCAAGCUAUUUGGUUAUUGGUAAACUUGCAGUUAAUCCAUUAAAACCCAAUUGAUGUUAUUAAUUCAUACAUGUAUCAAUGUAUCAAUGUCCUAUAAUAUAUAACAACAAUCUGCGAAUUAAAAACCUGAAUGCUGCAUAAAUCACGUUAGAAUAUUUCUGACCCCUGACUUUAAUCAAAUGGCAAUAUUAAAAACACUUUGAAGCUCCCAUUUGAGAGAAAUAACAGUACAUCAAUGCAGUAGUGUCUUCUCUACAUGGUUGCCAUCUGAACUUAAUUCAAUAAAAUCUGAAAUAUGACUUCAGUUGUAAAAAUAAAAUAAAUAAUUCUGAGACUGAUUUCCCUUCCUGAACUAUUAAUAUUUCUUUUGUCUUAAUGCUGCAGCUGAAUAUGUGGGUGUGUUUAAAAACGUUCCAGGUCUUUUGCUGCUGAUGUUGACAUUCCACUAAUGUUCAGUUUGUUUUUCUUUUGUCCCGAAUGUGUAUCUUUAUCGGUCCUUUGGAAUUUCACUGUAGGCAAGAUAAUUGCUUUACCUGAUAGCAAUACUAUCAGAUCAAUAAUAUUCAAUAAAAGCAUUUUUCCAUG